CACUACAACAGGAGUUGCGUAUAAAGUUGUGUAAUGUUACUUAACCAGAAAGUCGGUGGCAAUUCUGGCCUCUGAUGUUCCUCGGCUAUCACGGGAGCUGGUGUAUCUAUGUUGCUCGAAGUAGAUUAUGAUUUUCAAUACCCGCUGACAUCCACCUAGUUUUCAGUACCUCUUCCAAUGUGAUGGCGGCAGUCUACGUACUUGAAGGAGCAGAUCGGGGCUACUAACUAAGUAACUUUUAUUCCGAGUUGGAGAAGGCGGUCCUCCAUUUCAAUCACGUAGAAAGCAAUCUAACGUAGAAACUCACUUUGUCUGUUGACACGUCAUUUAUCGAAGCCCAGGUCAACAUCAUGCUCCGCACUAGUAUAGCCAAUGGCGCAGCAGUGGCGACCAGCGGGAUGAUGACCUCCACGACACCCGCAGAAGCCCUCGAUAAGAAUUCCCUGGCGGCACUGCUUGCAGACCUGGAAUCCAAAUUGUCACAGCUCGAGCGGUAUCCCUCGAUUUAUUGUCUGAUGAGGAGAAGAUGAGCAACUCGUUCGUAUAGUGUAGAACAGUCCAUUUUUGCAUACCACUACUUUUGAUAGCUCCUCGCAGGAGGACAAGUCGAUAAUAUCCGUAAAAAAGCCACUCAUCAUGACGAUGACCAUGAUGAUUGUUCUAGUACUAGAGGAUUUUUCUAUGGCUUCUAUAUUAGUGGCCCCAUGGAAGAACCUCCUCCGUCGAUAAGAGAGCACGCCUAGUUGUACUAGUAAGUAAGUACGUUUCGACGACCCAAAAAUACAACGGAUACGAGGGCGAACGCUUCUCCAAAGCAGUUCUAUCUUGUUGCAUACGCGAAGCAGCUUGACGCGCGUGUCCCGGCUGAGAAAGCUCGCCGGUUUUGCUUUGUGCAGCUGGGUCGUGAGCACGUACACGCUGAUGGAAACCAUCGCGGCCCAGCAUGCCCUGCGGGAGCUCUCCGGCGGCUUGGUCUACCACUACGCCACCCUGCUCCCGCCGGAUUCGAGCCGGUUGAGGCCGCAGGCGCAACACGAAUUUUUCUACGGGGUGCUCGCGUUUCUGCGCGUCUGGGUCGACUGGGUCAACUUCCUCGCGGCGUUUGCGGAGUAUGUGAUCACGGAGGUGUAUGGAAGUGUCAGAAUCGAAAUUGACAAAGUUGAAAUUUUAAUCUGCAAAAUGCAGAAAAUCCAAAGCGCAAACUGCCUGUCUUGCGAGCGGCGGUGGCAAGUGACGCCGAUUGUAAGUAAGUAAAAGCGUGUUUAGAAGGGCUCGAGGUUUACAUGACAAAAGCAGCUUCUCUGCCCAAACAGCAUGAUAAAUUGGAUUUCGAUGCUGCCAAAGUGUGUCAUGCGCGGCCACUUAGAAACAAACUGUCUGCAACUGGUCUGCAACUGGUAUCCCUCUCUUUGCAUGGCAAAUCAGUCCUCCAAUUUUUGUCGAUUUCGCUUCUGACACCCCAUAAAGUGCUCGGGUGGGAGGGCACGCUGGUGGCCGCCGCGGUUUCCUGGUUUCUUCUGCUCCCGUUCGCCGUCAAGACCACCUCUCAGGCCAAGGAAUCCCUGCGCAAGUCCCUCGCCGCCAGGCACACGCGCGUCGCCAUGCGAAAAGCGGACCGGCGCGCCUCCUUUCUGAUGCACAAUUACGUACCCAGCAAUAAUUACAACUACCAAACAAGCGCGGCACAGGUGAAUGCUGGAACAAGGUCGUCUGCUCCGAUGUGGUCGCCGAAGCCGCACAAGAAUCAGCAUCACGUCGGCGGUGUCAAGUGUAAAAAUGUCUGGGUCUGGAAGAAUGCGCGAAUUGUCAUGCAGAUUUUCCAUGACCCAUGAGGUCUGGAAUGCAGGACCUAGCAUGGCAGAUUCUGUGCGAUCUUUCUCAUGUCUAUCCUGCAUUAGAAACUCCCUCCCGACUUGGUCAAAGCUGGACGACUCUUGGUAAUCAUGCAACACAGAUUUUUGCAUGCUUCAGAUUUGCAUUCUUCCAGACCCAGACAUUUUUACAUUUGAUAGGCGGUAUCUCUCUGAUGGAGGAGUCCAGUAGCUCCAGUGAAAGCGAAAGCGACUACUCAAGCUCCGUGCGCGGCUUUAGCCAGCAUUUAUUCGGAGACCACGACGAGCUGAAUCACGUCGAGAACGGCAGUGGCGUCGACCCCGACUUCUUGGUCGACGACGAUGUUGGGGAAGUACCGCACGGGGACGAGGAGGAAGAGGACGAAGAGAUGCACUUGAGUCCACCCCUAGGCAGUGCGAACAACAGCGUGAGCACGUCGAACCACGACAGCGUAGAAGAGCCCAUGUCUGAGCCGAUGCCAAAUUCUCAAUCGUAGACCUUUUCUGAAAUUGAUGUGAACCAGACUAACAAAGCUCCUUGCGGCGCGGUAAAAGGUGGGGGGGGGAAUAAAGGAAUUGCUGAAGAUGCAGCUGCGUUGUUCAUUUCCACGUCCUCCUGCAGGACGUGGAUAGGAGCAUGAAGAAAGCGCCGAUAUUAAAUAAUGGUGACUUGCUAGUACCAAAAGCACGCAUUCCUUGGUACCCUGCCUGCACGUGUGCAAGGGAGGGGGAGAUGCUGUACUGUUCAGAAUCAAAAGUAAGAACAUUGGAGUUUUUUUCUAUGACAGAUGAGCAGUCGCGUUGACAAAAAAAAAUGAAAAUCAUCUUCCCUCCGUACGGUCAAGUUGUGAAUGUGGAGAUCUCCUGUACCUCAAAGAGUGCAUGCGGUUGUCAACAUGGAAGAGAAAAAUCUCGACGGUGGGUCGCCCACAGCUCUAGAUAAAAGUGACAUUUCAAGAAAAGCAAGAGCUGCAGUAAAAUUAUUGAGUUCAUCGGAAACGUGUAGGUCUAGGUGCCUAGGAUCUAGGCUGUAGAAAAGUAGGGCUCUAGAUAUGUACUUCAGUGACUUCGUUC